CACGACGACGGACAUGCUUGCUGAGGCAUGGACUCGGGACAAAACACCUCAGGUCAGAAUCAGAAGUCGGUUCGUGCAGACUUAGGGCGAAGUUGUUGUGCGUAUCGGAGGCUGACCCUAGGAGACGAUGCCAUGACUGACCAAACUACGUAUCACCAGAACCAAUCAGCGCUAGAGCUGACUGCUGCCCGAAAUUUCAGUAAGGGCGAGUUGACGGAGCCCUCCACCAGUUGUAGUCACGUCAAAAAGAUCGGGUUGAGGGGGUCAACUGUAGACUCUGUGGGUUGGUUCAAUCCCCUUUUGUGUGGCUUCACCGUCAGGUAGUUGACCCAGCGAGGCAAGCUAGGUCAUGAAAAUUCUCGGGUUCAACAACCGAUAUCACACUUCUCAGUCG